AUGGCAGUGUAUACGUGGGGGUUUGGUAAAGCUGGACAACUUGGAACCAGCACAGCAAGCACAUCCCACACCCCUCAACUGCUGAAAUGCGGGGAUGUGAUUGGCCAAGCGAGCGUCAGUCAGAUUUCAAGCGGUGGGUUGCACAUAUGCUGUUUGACGGAUGAUGGCCGGGUCAUGAGUUUCGGAUGUGGGAAGCAUGGUCGCCUUGGCAGUGGAAAUGAUGAAGAUAAACUAUCUCCUUCGCCUGUUAAGUUCCCGCACAAUACUAAAAUCGUUCAGGUUUCCUGUGGGUCAUGGCAUGGAGCGGCUGUCUCAGAGGACGGUCAGCUGUUUACUUGGGGGUACCCGAGAGCUUGUGGAGUAUCUGGCAUCAUUCCCGACCCCCGAGGAAUCCUGACUCCUAUCCCUGUCCCAAGUUUUACCCCAGGUCGACUUUCUGGCGUUUCUUGUGGUCACAACUAUACUCUAGCGUGGACCAACAGCGGUCAGGCAUUCUCCUGGGGGUGCGGCCGACAUGGCGUUCUGGGACACGGCACAGAGGAAGACUCCCCCACCCCAAGAGAAAUAGAGGUUCUGAGUGACAAAGGCGUAGCUUUCAUGGACGCAGGGUAUGCUCAUUGCGGAGCAGUUACCAAAGACGGUGCCGUGUACAUGUUUGGCAAAGGUGCAGAUGGAGCUCUGGGUUUGAAGGAGAAAACGCUCGGCAAUAACCUAGUUCCGACCAAAGUAAAUAGCAUCAAAGGCGUUGACGUGGUUGAAAUAAGCUGUAGUGUAGGGGAACACCACGGCCACACCCUUGCCGUCACCAGGGACGGGCAGGUAUACUCGUGGGGGGAUGGGUACAAGGGUAAACUCGGAACUGGGGACCAAGAACCCCGGUUUGAACCCACAAAGAUCCCGCCGUCCUCUUUCCAGAACGAGGCAAUCGCACAUGUUGGGUCGGGUGGAAUUCACAGUUCGGCUGUCAGUGUGUCGGGACGGGUGUUCACGUGGGGGUGUGGUAGUGACGGCAGGUUAGGUCAUCCCGAGGGCAAGGGUCACAGGUACCUGUUCCGUUCAGAUGUUCCCAAACAAGUGGAAUUCUUCAAGCCGAAUCAACAUGCAGAAAUGGUGAAGUGUUCCUACUACCAUACUGUUGCUUUAGUUAACGAGGUAAAGCGGUAACAUAUAUGUAUUGACUGAUGUGUAAUGUACAUCCUUGUACAUCCAUGUAUUGUCCAAGACAUUAAUGCCUAAUAGGGCAGCCCAUAAUCAUCCACGUCCAGAGCUCGAGAUCUGCCCAGCGUCAAUUUUAUCAAUCGCUGUGAAAUAGGAUUCGCGUCAGAACAGACUCCCUUUGAAGAUGUCAACAUUUUCACGUGUAUGUAUGUCUAAAAAUACCCAAUCAUAUAUAUCCUACAUUGAAUUUUUACAAUUGACCUUUAUUGGUCGAUGUUCAGACAUAUGUACACCAUGAAUUCAGUGAAAAUGACAAAUACGUCCGACAAGAAAUCGGAAACACUGCAUCCUUUACUGUAUUACCCAACAAAUAGUACGUUUGGAUAUCUGAGUGAUGAUGCAUUUCCUCAAAUAGAAACAAAGCAAUGUAUGUUUUGCAUGACAAACACGUGUACAGUUGUGAUGUUGUCUACAUCAAGUUUCCCUUAUGUCGAGAAAUAAUUCAGCAGGUCCAGCGUUGGGAGCCUACAACUGCCACAACUUUGAGGUACAAUCGACGUGUUCUCUGCGACGUGAGGUGGGGUGUGUGACACUGGGUCUUACAUCCCAUUUAAGAUUACUGCACUUUCUUAUAUACCUCUCUUUAUGCCAAUUUUUCAAAGAGCGUCAUACGACUCUCGAUCAAAAGUUGUUUCAUCAGGGUUACAACAUUCAAGGCCUCAGUAAAACUUUCAGAACGUUUUAUGGUAUAUAUAUAUAUGUGGAGGACAUUUCCUAAAUUGACGCAUCAAUGACAAAAAGAUAUCUGAUGCAAUUCCCUAUUAUGAAUUGUACCGUAUGUUCAUGUGUUUUCUCAGGUGAAAAAUUGACUUGUCUUUGCAUGUUUUUGUGACAGGUGCUACCGGUGGAUACAUAAACACCUGCCUAUGAUAUAGUCAUAUUGGUACAGUGCACCGUAGAUAGUUCGUAGCUUUCAUUAAUAUUACAUAGAUUGUUUUAUGAAUUGGUCAUUGCUGAGAGGUAUGCUGUCGGUGCCCUGACAUAUGAGAUAGUAUAACUGCAUAGAGUGAUACCUCGCUAACUCGAACUCCAUUGAAUUGGGGGCGGUCGGGUAGCCUAGUGGUUAAAGCGUUCGCUCGUCACGCCGAAGACCCGGGUUCGAUUCCCGACAUGGGUACAAUAUGUGAAGCCCUUUUCUGGUGUCCCCCGCCGUGAUAUUGGUGGAACAUUGCUAAAAGCGGCGUAAAACCGUAGUGCUUCGCGACUUGAAACAAUCUGAACAAAGCCAAUGUGUACCUUGUACAAAACAUGACCUGAAAAUAUUCAUUUUUAUACCUUUUCUCUAUUCACGCCUCCUGUGCAUACACACGAUAAGCACAACGUAAGUCACGUAUUCCGCUUCAAGUGAUUUAUUUUCGUAUGUAUAAAAGUUCAAUACUGUUUUUUCCAUAGCACUUCAUGUGAUGGGUCCCUAACUGCUGUCGUUCUUGGCAGUUGUCGCCUCAUAGACCUUGCUUCAAUCUCGGGAUCCACCUGAAUGGAACAAAAAUAAGCAUAGGGUCAACGAGCUGCUGGUAUGGGUAUCAAUUAUACUUCUGUACUACCCUUUACAUUCCAUUUUACUGUGAGUCCUUCAAGCACUAUAAAUUCGAAUUCUGAUGUGUACACAUGUUUGUUAAAGAUCAUUGUGUAUUGAA